AAGAAGAAGAAGAAGAAGAAGAAGAAGAAGGCGGAGCGUAGGGUGGAGGCUCUCUCCAUCGUAGUGUGGAAGUGUGUGUUGACCGGUCAGGUCGGCUAACGGGAGGCUGCUGUUUUUUCUCUGUGUGAUUGUGGACGAACGAGCUGUCCAUCAGCAUGUCGGACAGGAACCCGGGGAUGAAGCUCGACCUGGAGUGGAUCUCAAAAGUGAGAGUGAACACGCAGGCGGUCCUGAAGAGAGCUCAGCACAUCCAAGGACAAAAGAUCCCCAAGAAACAGUGGCAGGCUGCCUGGCUGCUAAAGGCUGUCACGUGUAUCGACCUGACAACUCUGGCUGGAGAUGAUACACCGUCCAACGUCCAUCGGCUGUGUCUGAAAGCCAUUCAGCCAGUCCGGUACGACCUGCUCAAGAAGAUGGAUAUGCAUAACAAAGGAGUGACUACAGCAGCAGUGUGUGUGUAUCCAUCUCGUGUAGCUGAUGCUUUCAAUUCACUAAAAGCAGCCAACUCCAGCCUUCCUGUUGCCUCAGCGGGCCAGACACCACUGGAGACCCGCCUGCAGGAAGUCCGCAUGGCAGUGGCUGGCGGUGCCGCUGAGAUUGACGUUGUCAUCAACCGGACGCUUGCCCUCACAGGGCAGUGGGAAGCCAUGUAUGACGAGAUCCGCCAGUUUCGGGAGACCUGUGGUGACGCCCACAUGAAGACCAUCCUGGCUAUUGGAGAGCUGGGCACCUUCACCAACGUCUACAAGGCCAGCCUGCUCGCCAUGAUGGCUGGUUCAGACUUCAUCAAGACUUCCACAGGAAAGGAGACUGUCAAUGCUACUUACCCUGUCGCCAUAGUGAUGUGAGCCAUCCGUGACUACUACUUGUUCACAGGCCACAAGGUUGGCUUUAAGCCAGCUGGAGGGAUCCGGACAGCUCAGGAGGCUCUGGUGUGGCUCACUCUGAUCAAAGAAGAGCUGGGGAACGACUGGCUCUGCCCUGUCCUGUUCCGCCUGGGAGCCAGCAGCCUAUUGGCUGACAUCGAGAGGCAGAUCUACCAUCAUGUUACUAGCCAAUAUCCUGCCUAUCAUGAGCUGCCUAUGGCCUGAAGCUGUGGACAUCCUGUUUUAAUGACCAGUCAGAACCUCAGACACAGGCAGCACACAAACUCAUCUGAUGAACCCCAAACACGUUCAGUGCUUUGAAGUACGACUAGGACCAAUGUAAAAUGUAAAAACAGGUUUUACCGCUGUACUGUAGUAGUACACUAAUGUGCCUAUACAGACCUGUAAAACACAAAGAGGUGAAUACACUUUGUCACAGCAUUUAGUUAGUCAGUUUUCAUUGUGAAGGAUGUGCUCAGUUAAAAUGGAAAAAGUGUUUCUGUGAAGCAAAAGUGAAGGAAAUAAAAGGUUAAAAAAGGUUUAAAAUCA